AUGUCCGCUCCGCGUGGGGAAACCCCCAGUCUCGGCGACGCGCAGCCGCCCGCGGCUGCUGCGGCUGAGGAACAGGCAACGGCUGAACUUUCUGUCGAAGAAAAAUCUCAACCGCCCAACUACGCUCCUGCUGAAACUCAAUCAUCGCCUGCAUCGACCUCGGCCUUGAUCACACGCAAGCGAGCCACGAAGCGUGCCCCUCGCGCCACAUCGUCCGAAGCCGAAGCCAAGCAGCCCAAGAAGUGCGGCCGUCUUCGCGAAGUCACCCUUGACCGUUCUGCUGAGUCCCAAUCAGCAACCCCAGAGAAGUGCGGCAGUCCUCGCAGAGUCGUGACUGAAGCUUCUGCUGAGCCCAAGUCAACCGAGUCAUCGAUCGCGACCAAGGUCAACGGCAAGCGAGCCAAGCAGGUCUCCAGCACUGCCUCGUCACCAGCGACUGAGGCGAAGUGA